UUAAGUCUUUAACUCUCUCACUUGACAUCCGAAAACCUCAACUAGCUAAACCAUGGCCACCAAUUUUGCUUCAAGGACCAUCCUCUCGUCUCAUUCGACCAAGCUCUUCAUCCUUCCUUUGAAACCUCCUUCUUCCCAUGCUUCCUUCUCUAUCCCUUUCUGUUUCACAAGAACCACCUGCACUCUACAGCCCCUACAACAACAACAGCAGCAACAACAACGUCAACAUGGUCGCAGUGUCAUCGGAAUCCUCGAACAAAGGGGGCUACUCGAGUCCAUUACCAGCGAUGCUCUCAGAACCGCUUCUUCAAACGCCAUUGAUGCACCCCUCAAGGUCUACUGCGGAUUUGACCCCACUGCCGAGAGUUUGCACUUGGGUAACCUUCUGGGUAUCAUUGUUCUCUCCUGGUUCCGCCGUUGCGGCCAUAAUGUCGUCGCUUUGAUUGGAGGUGCCACUGCACGCGUUGGCGACCCAUCUGGGAAGAGCCUCGAAAGGCCCGAGCUGGAUGUCGAAACGUUGGAGAGGAACACUGCUGGUAUUGAAAACACCAUCAGAACAAUCUUGGGUCGUGCUCAAAAUCUCAACUUGGAGGAGUUGAGUGUGGGUGAUGGUAAUUUGUGUGAUUCUUCUGUUGUGGUUUUGAACAAUUAUGAUUGGUGGAAGGAGUUUAGUUUGUUGGAUUUUCUGAAACGGGUGGGGAAAUAUGCUAGGGUGGGUUCAAUGAUGGCUAAGGAGAGUGUGAGGAAGAGGUUGGAUUCUGAACAAGGGAUGAGUUAUACAGAGUUCACCUACCAGUUGUUGCAGGGGUAUGAUUUCUUGCACUUGUUUCAGAAUGAGGGUGUUACUGUUCAAAUUGGGGGUAGUGAUCAGUGGGGCAAUAUAACAGCUGGGACUGAGUUAGUUAGAAAGAUAUUGCAGGUUGAGAGUGCUGUUUAUGGCUUCACAUUUCCUCUUUUAUUGAAAAGUGAUGGUACAAAAUUUGGUAAAUCUGAGGAUGGUGCUAUUUGGUUAUCUCCAUCCUUGUUAUCUCCAUACAAAUUUUACCAGUAUUUUUUCUCUGUUCCGGAUGCUGAUGUGGUUAGGUUCCUGAAAAUUCUUACUUUUUUGGAUAUUGAAGAGAUUGUUAAGUUGGAGGAAGAGAUGGUGAAACCUGGGUAUGUGCCUAAUACUGCUCAGCGGAGGCUUGCUGAAGAAGUUACCCGAUUUGUUCAUGGAGAAGAUGGUUUAAAGGAGGCUCUUAGGGCAACUGAAGCAUUGAGGCCAGGAUCUGAGACAAAGUUGGACUGGAAAACCAUUGAGGGGAUUGCUGAGGAUGUUCCCUCUUGUUCUUUAGCUUAUGAUGAGGUUUUGAAUCAGUCACUGGUUGAUCUUUCAGUUUCUUCUGGUUUAUUUGACAGCAAAUCUUCAGCCCGCCGGUUGUUAAAACAAGGAGGCCUUUACUUGAAUAAUAGCAGAGUAAACAGCGAAAAUAAGAAGAUUGAGGCAGCAGAUAUAGUGGAUGGGAAAGUUCUCCUUUUAUCUGCCGGAAAAAAGAAUAAGGUGCUGGUGCGAAUAGCAUGAUAGGAUUUAUUAGAUGACCAUUCUUUGGAGACUGUUUUUUUACUCUGUGAGCUUCUUGUAUGUUUAGUAUAGUUUUGAUUUUGGUGCCACUCAUGAGUCUUAAAGUUUCCCAAGAUAUGUUCAUUGGUAACCGGUAAGCCAUUUUGUCAUUGCAAGAUGUUCGAAUGUAACUUCCAUGAUAUUGAUAGCCUCAAAUGCUACUCAGUACUCACAUAUGUUAAUUGCUUUCAUUACUAAUAAGCUAUGCAACUGUCUUCUA